AUGUUGCCGGCGCUGCCGGACGGCGAUGAGCGGGAGCUGGAGAGCAGCGAGGAGGGCGGCGGCGCGGGCGAGGAGCGGCGGCCGGAGCGGCACGGCAGCACCUACCACAGCCUCUACGGCUACCGGGGCUGCAGAUCCUCGCAGCAGGGAGCAGGCAGUGGGGAUGGCAGUCCCAGCAGUGCGGCGGCAGAGACACCCUCCAGAGAAGACUUCAGCCUCUCCUUGCUGGACACUAACUUACCAGCUGAAGCGGAGACUGAAUUGCGCAGUUUUAUCGCUAAGCGUCUUACUAAAGGAGCCCUGUUUGAAGGAAUGGGGAAUGUAGCAUCAGUGGGGCUGAGCAUACCAGAAUAUAAAGUUGGUUGUUAUUACUGUCAUUUUCAACAAGAAAAUCUUCUAGAAAUGGCAACGCCGGAAUCAGACAUCAAUGCUCCAGAAUAUGUGGUUUGUUUCUUAGGUGGCUCAGAAAAAGGCCUGGAACUUUUCAGACUUGAGCUGGACAAAUAUAUUCAAAGUCUGAAGAUAAACCUUCAUUUGCAGCAAAAACCUUUGGAGACCUAUGUUAACCCCUACUUGAGAAGCUGGUUUGAGAAUGCCAUAUGCCCUAUUCAGAGAGUAGUACAGCUCUUCCAGGAGAAACUCGCCUUUUUGUUACAUGCUGCUUUGAGUUACACUCCUGUGGAAGUAAAAAAUGCGGAUGAAAGAACAGAAAAAGACAUUAGCAGGUUUCUGGCAGCUGCCAGCCUCCAAGGACUUGUUCAGGAAGGAACAAUGACCUCCUUGUGUAUUGCCAUGACUGAGGAACAGCACAAGUCAAUGAUUAUAGACUGUAGUGGACCUCAGCCUCAGUUGCAUAAUGCAGGAAGCAACAGAUUCUGUGAGGACUGGAUGCAUGCUUUUGUGAAUGGUGCUGAAGGUGGAAAUCCAUUUCUCUUCCGGCAAAUUUUGGAAAACUUUAAAUUGAAGGCUAUACAAGACAUUAACAACCUGAAGAGGUUUAUCCGCCAGGCUGAAAUGAACCACUACGCCUUGUUCAAGUGUUACAUGUUUCUGAAAAACUGUGGUAGUGGAGACAUCCUUUUGAAGAUUGUUAAAGUAGAACAUGCAGAAAUGCCAGAAGCCAGAAAUGUGGUGACCGUCCUUGAGGAAUUCAUGAGAGAAACAUCAGUGGCUUAAAAUUAUCUUAAUUAUUCUGUACUCAUUUGAGGGUAUUGUAUAAAUCAUUAAUUUUUUCUGUGCAGCUUAGUUUCACUAUUGCAGGAUUUUUAAUUUAUAUUUAAAAGUAUUACCGAAGUCAAACCUAAGUUGCAGUUUCAUCUGCCUUUUCUCUUUUUUAGAUGAAGCAGUAUGAGCUUUUUUUAAUGUGUAAAUAUCAGAUCAUACAAACUUCUGCAUAGUUUUCAGUGCUUACCAGAUUUUCCAAAUGACUUGCUCCUUUUCUGAGGAAAUCAUGACAUUGGGGUUUUACAGUCAUUGAACAAAAAAACCCCAAACAAAUCCCUUACCUGGCUAGCAUUUCAAUGUUUUAAAUAUUUUAAAUAUCUCUAAAAUGAUCAUGUCUAAUCAUUAAGAUUUGGUUACUUUUGUUUUAAUGUAUAAAGAAGCACAAACAUCUGGAUAAAUCAUAGUAAAUGAAUUAAUCAUACUGGUUUAUAUAAGAACAUAGGUAACAACUCUGUAGCUAGUUUCCACAUUCUACUUUCAAAGUGGCAGUUUGUUCUUCUGUUACUAGAUAAGCAACUUGUUAAUUUGUAUGAAAUAGAACUGCUUUAAGACUGAACAGUUCUAGGAAUUGGUUGGUAUGUGCUCGUAUGUAUGCAUACAUACACUGGACAGACAUGUUAAAUUCCCAGGCUGUUUGAUGAAUCCCAUUCUUCGUUAGUUUGCAUUGUGAUCAAGACCUUCUUUGUAUGUUCUUAGUACCCAUUUUGCGUAACUGUAAAUAAUUCUUCAUGACUGAAAAACAUAUGAUUAAACCUGAAAAUUUUACAGGUUAAACAGAAACUUCUUCAGACGUUGAAGUAAACUAAAGUUCCCAAGUUAACUUGUCAGCCUUUAAAACAUUUCAUUGUAUUUCAGCAAUGAAUUCUUACCCACAUCAUAGGACAUUUAGCAGAAUACUUGAAGAAAAUCUUUGGCUACAGCUGGAAUCAAAACUCACGAGGCCUCUGAGUGUCCAUGUAAACAAGGACUAUUUCUGCAAACCUGAUACAAGCAAAACUCUGUGUUGCUUUGCUUUGCAGCAGAGGGUGGUUGAACGCCCCUCUCCCUGAAACAGUAACUGUACCAGUCUUACUUAUGCAGUUCAGUUUGACUGUUCUGCCUGAGCUGUGUACUGUGAUGAUAAAAGAAGUUGAAUGCUUUCCUGUGGCACCACUGUGUUGAACCUACAGUAAGGUUUACAAUAAGGUGCAUUCAAGUCCUUGGUAGUGUGCCUACAUUAAAUUACAAAUAAGUGUUGUCCUUGAUGCCUCCUGUUUAAAACCUUUUAUUCACACAAUGCAGAGGAGCUGUUAGUGUAAUGCACAGGAGUCUGCACAUGUCAUGUUGACAGCUGAGGUGACAUAACAUACAUAGGCAGGUCAGAGAAGAAAAUAAACGUAAUUUGAA